AUGUGGGGUUGUGUGGCUAUGCUCGUUUUCAACAUCGGUUUGGGUGCUACAGGAUCAGCAGACACACCAUCUUCACAUAGUGCAGCACUCGCCAUGAUCAUCUUGUGGAUCAUCUCUUACGGUUUAUCAACAGCACCUAUAGGAUUUGCUUCGGCUGGUGAAACUUCUACUCCACGUCUUCGAGCUAAAACCACCUCGUUCAUUCUCACAGUCUUCGCCGCUGUUUACCUCAUCUUUCAAUGGACCGUUCCUUAUAUGAUCGCUCCCGAUGCUGCCAAUCUUGGCGUCAAGGCUGCUUAUAUCUUUGCUGGUUUUCUGGUGCCUGUGAUUAUCGCUCUGUAUUUCUAUUUCCCGGAAACCACAGGUCGUACUUAUGCAGAACUUGACGAGCUAUUUGAACGUAGAGUACCUGCUCGCAAGUUCAAAGAUGCCGUCACAUUGGCCGAAGCUGUGGGAAUCAAGUAUGGAGAGCUGGUCACUCACAAGCCAGUUACGGGGGUUGGGGCUGAUACCGCGUGA